AUGGAUAAACUCACGAAACAGUUGAGCGCUGGUAAAAAUAUACACAUCUACUGGGGUACAGCCACAACAGGGAGACCACAUGCUGGCUAUUUGGUACCAAUGCGUAAAAUUGCUGAUUUCUUAAACGCCGGUCUCAAGGUGACUGUCUUGUUUGCUGAUCUUCAUGCAUUCUUGGAUAAUAUGAAGAGUACAUGGGAGUUGCUCGAGAAUCGUGUUAUUUAUUACGAGAGUGUGAUUAAGUCAAUGUUGAUCGCAUUGGACGUUCCCAUUGAUAAACUUCAUUUUGUGAAAGGAACAACUUUUCAACUGAAGAGGGAUUAUACGUCUGAUGUUCUACGACUGUGUAAUCAGGUAUCGCGAAGGGACGCACUCAGAGCUGGAGCAGAAGUCGUCAAACAGGUUGAAUCUCCGUUAUUGAGCGGCCUCCUUUAUCCAUUACUGCAAGCAAUGGAUGAACAAUAUUUGAAAGUUGAUGGACAAUUCGGCGGUUUGGAUCAGCGAAAAAUUUUCAUUUUGGCCGAGGAGCAAUUGCCGAAACUGAAAUUGGGUAAACGUUUCCAUUUGAUGAAUCCAAUGGUUCCCGGUCUGCAUGGCUCAAAAAUGAGCAGGCAUGUUUUUUUGUUCUCUUAUCCUUGUGGCUCUGUGGAGAAUUCUAAAAUUGAUUUGUUGGAUCCGCAUGAUGUGAUUAUUGCUAAAUUGGAUGGAGCGUUAUGUGAACGAGGCAAUCCGGAGAAUGGAGUUUUAGCGUUCUACGAGCAUGUUUUAAUGCCGUUGUCAACACAGAAUCCUGUUUUGGUUGGGGGCCACUCGUUUACAGAAUUCGCCGAGCUGAAGGAACGAUUCGAAGCAGGCGACAUUCAAGAAACGGACUUGAAGAACACUAUGAAAGUUGGUGUUUUUCGUUCAAAACAAAACAAGUCUUUAGAUAUUCAUCUAUUUAUUCACUGA